AUGGCUGGGUUUUACAAAGGAAGAUGCGAAGAACUACACUGCAUAGACAAAGUCAAAUGCUGUCAAAUGCUUGAACUUAGAAUUCAGUACACAAACAAUCCUUGCAAAAAUGGAGCGACAUGUUUCAACCUUCAAGAUAGUUAUCACUGUGAGUGUAAACAGGGAUUUUCUGGAGUUAACUGCGAAAAGGAUAUUGACGAGUGUACCCAAAGUCCUUGCAAGAAUGGAGCUACUUGUGUUAACCUUCAUGGAAGUUAUCGCUGGGAUUGCGUGACUGUAUAUUCAGAAAAAACCUGCGAAACAAAUAUAAAUGAGUGUGAAGCUGAGCCCUGCAAGAAUGGAGCCACGUGUGUUGAUCUUGUUGGAGAUUAUCAUUGUCAUUGUGUGUCCGGCUUUAAUGGAGCAAAUUGCGAGAAAGUUCCAAAAUUAACCACUUUGUCACCACCCGUCACUACUCAGCCACUGGUGAUAGGUGCAAACGCAUGUAACCUGAUGAUUUUACCUCUGGACACAAGGGUAACACGCCAUGGUUUCUUCACUUCACCCUGA